GCCUGCUGGCGGUUGAUGGCAGCGGACGGAGCGAGUGUGAGUUUCCGAGCGGAAUCGCAGAGCGAGGGCCAUGAAUAAGUAUAUAGUGCCACUGUCCAUCGCGGGGACCGUGAUUGGCGGCAUGGUUCUGGCCAAAAAUCCAAAAGUGAGGAGAAAUGACGGUUGAUAGAAGCGAGAGCUGAAGGCACAACAACAGCCAAAGUGCUUGGCAAACAUUGGCCGUGCAGAUAUCGAGAUUGAAAAUAUUGGGAAUUAUCGAGUUUGCUCACUGCAUUUCAUCAACAAGAUCAUGUGACUGGUGGAAAUUGUCCAAGUACAGCAACCGUCUCAGGAAAGACUAUAAUAAUAACUGGAGCAAACACUGGUAUUGGAAAAGAAAGUGCAAGAGAGUUGGCCAGAAGAGGUAAAAUGGGAGUGGGGAAAGCGGAGGAAGGAAACUCAUUCCUUGAAUCAGUAGCAAUGUUCUAAAUCACUGCUCGUGCCAAUGGUGGAAGGAUCAUUAUGGCAUGUCGGAAUAUGGAGAAAUGUGAAGCAGCAGCUCAAGAAAUACGAGGAGAAACCCUGAAUCACCAUGUGUACGCUCGCCACCUGGACCUGGCAUCACUUAAAUCAGUCAGGGAGUUUGCCAAGAAAGUAACUGAAGAGGAAGAGAAUAUAAAUAUCCUAAUUAAUAAUGCUGCUAUUAUGAGAUGCCCUCAUUGGCAAACCGAAGAUGGAUUUGAAAUGCAGUUUGGUGUAAAUCAUCUGGGUCAUUUUCUGCUGACAAAUUUACUGCUUGAAAAGUUAAAGAACUGUGGCAAGAGUCGCAUCAUAAACGUGUCCUCGCUGGCUCACGUAGUUGGGGAAAUUGACUUUGAUGAUCUCAACUGGGAGAAGAGAAAGUAUAAUACAAAAGCAGCAUACUGUCAAAGUAAACUUGCAAAUGUACUAUUCACAAAGGAGCUGGCGAAACGACUUGUUGGAAGUGACGUGACUGUAAAUGCUGUGCACCCAGGCGUAACCAAUACGGAACUCGGCAGACACACAGGAAUGUACAAGUCCAGCUUCUCCAGCACGGUACUGGGGCCUUUAUUUUUUCUCCUGGUAAAAUCCCCCAAGCAGGGAGCGCAACCCUCCGUGUACCUAAGCGUGGCAGAAGAAUUGGAAGGGGUGUCAGGAAAAUACUUUGAUACCAUGAAACAGAAGGAUCCGGCCCCACAGGCAGCAGAUGAAAAGACAUCCAGGCAGCUGUGGGAAACAAGUGCCAGACUAGUGGGGCUGGAAGACAAUAAGGCCACAAUGCCAAGGUAAUCCCACCGGGAUCUGGAUGCAGCCAGAUCACUCAAAGACCAAUGGCGGCAAGGCAAGAGAUGAAUAUAUAAUCAUGGAGACACACUGAACUGUAGACGCUGAAAUCUUGAGCAAAAUAAAAGUGUUGGAGGAACUCACCGGGUCAGACAGCAACUGUGGAGGGAAUAGACAGACGAUGCUUUGGGUUGGGACCCUUUUUCUAACUGAAAAGGGGAGAUGGGGAAGGGGGGGGGAGCUGGAAUAGAGAAGUGGGAGCAGGACAAAGCCUAGAAAGUGAUAGGUGGAUACAGAUGAGGGGGCGAUUGGCAGAUGGGUGGAGCAAGUGCAAAAGCUGAAGGUAAAAACUAUAUUCUGCACUCUGUAUCUUCUCUUUUGCUAUACCUAUUGUACUUGAGUUUGACUUGAUUGUAUUUUAUAAAUGUUCAGAAAUGACAAUGCAAAAUGUUUUGUUUACCUUGUUUCCAUAUCAAGUCCAUCAGCAUAAUAUGGUCUUGCAGCAUCAUCACAGACACAUAGACUGAGACAACACAUAAAAGCAUAAAUUACACAUCACGUACGAAAAUCUUAAAAGAAAGAAGACUGCAAAAAAAGAAAUGAUUGCAAAAACAUUAGAAAAAAACCAAGUCCAUCGUAGUGCAAGAGGUGGUCUGUAGUGUUCCAUUACUGAGGUGACAUUAGGGUUGUGCAGGUUUGUUCCAGAACCUGAUGAUUGUAAGAUAGUAGCUGUUACUGAACCUGGUGCUGUGGGACUUCAGGCUUCUGUCACUCUUGCCCGACGGUUGCAGUGAGACCAGGGCAAUGCCUGGAUGGUGGGGAUCCUUGAUGGUAGAUGCUGCCUUAUUGAGGCAGCCCUUGUGUACAUGCUUUCGAUGGGGGGGGGAGGGCAGUGUCCGUGAUGGAUCGGGCUGAGUCCACCACUUUCUGUAGCCUCUGGCGUUUCUGUGCAUUCAAAUUGCUAUGAUGCAACCUGUCAGGAUACAGUACAUCUGUAGAAGUUCGUGUGAGUAUUCAGACGUACAGCGAUUCUCUUUAAACAUCUAAGAAGAUAGAGACGCUGAGGUGUCAUCUUCAUGAUGACAUCUCUGUACUGUUCCCAGGACAAGACAUUUGAGUUGUUAAUGCCCAGGAAUUGGAAGGUGUGUGCGUGUGUCUCUCCCCCGAUCGAUUCAACACCGCCAUUUGCCAACUUUCAGUGACUGGUGUACAAGGACGCCCAGGUCUCGCUGCACGUCCCCCUUGCCUAACUAACCCCAUUGAGAUAAUAAUCUGCCCCCUUGUUAUUGCCGUCAAAGUGGAUAAUCUCACAUUUAUCUAUAUUAUACUGCAUCUGCCACAUACCUUCACACUCAUUCAACCUGUCCAGGUCCCCUGCAACCUCCUAACAUCCUCUUCACAGUUCACACUGCCACCCAACUUUGUGUCAUCCGCAAACUUGCUAGUGUUGCUCCUAAUUCCCACUUCCAAAUCAUUAAUAUAUAUGGUAAACAGUUGCGGCUCCAACACCGAGCCCUGCGGCACUCCACUCGCCACUGCCUGCAAUUCUGAAAAGGACCCGUUCACUCCUACUCUUUGCUUCCUGACUGCCAGCCAUUUUUCUAUCCAUGUCAACACCCUACCCCCAAUACCAUGUGCUCUAAUUUUAGUCACCAGUCUCCUGUGCGGGAGCUUAUCAAAGGUUUUCUGAAAGUCUAGAUACACUACAUCCUCUGGCUCCCCUUCAUCCAUUUUACUUGUCACAUCCUCAAAAGAUUCCAAAAGAUUAAUCAAGCAUGAUUUCCCUUUCAUAAAUCCAUGUUGACUUGGACUAAUCCUUUUACUGCUAUCCAAAUGCCCCAUUAUUGCCUCUUUAAUAAUUGACUCCAGCAUCUUUCCCACCACCGAAGUCAGGCUAACUGGUCUGUAAUUCCCCGUUUCCUCUCUCGCUCCUUUCUUGAAAAGUGGGAUAACAUUGGCUCUCCUCCAAUCCACAGGAACUGAUCCUGAAUCUAUUGAACAUUGAAAAAUUAUCACCAAUGCGUCUACUCUUUCUAGAGCCACCUCCAUGCGGACCCUGGGAUGCAGACCAUCAGGCCCAGGGGAUUUAUCAUCCUUCAGUCCCAUUAGCCAAUACUAUUUCUCGCCUAAUGAAAAUUUAUUUCAGUUCCUCUACCCCCUUAGAUCCUCUGUCCUCCAGUACAUCUGGGAGAUUGUUUGUGUCUUCCUUAGUGAAGACAGAUCCGAAGUACCUGUUCAACUCUUCUGCCAUUUCCUUGUUACCCAUAAUAAUUUCACCCGUGUCUGCCUUCAAGGGACCCACAUUUGACUUUGCUACUCUUUUUCCCUUAACAUAUCUAAAGAAGUUUUUUACUGUCCUUCUUUAUAUUCCUGGCCAGCUUCCCAUCGUAUUUUAUCUUGCCUGUUUUGUUUCCUUCUGUUGUCCUAUGAAAGUUUCCCAAUCCUCUGGCUUCCGGCUACUCUUUGCUGUGUUAUACAUCUUUUCUUUUAGUUUUAUUCUAUCCCUAACUUCUCUUGUCAGCCACCUUGUCUUGCCUAUUAAUCCCCUUAGAAUCUUUCUUCCUUUUUGGAAUGAAAUGAUCCUGCGUCUUUCUGAUUAUGCCCGAAAUUCCUGCCAUUGCUGUUCCACCGUCAUUCCUGCUAGUAUCCCUUUCCAGUCUACCUUGGCCAGCUCCUCUCUCAUGCCUUCAUAGUCCCCUUUGUUCAACUGCAUCAUUGACACUUCCGAUUUAACCUUCUCCUUCUCAAAUUGCAGAUUAAAACUAAUCAUAUUAUGAUCACUACCUCCAAGCGGUUCCUUUAUCUCGUGUUCUCUUACCAUAUCUGGUUCAUUGGACAACACUAAAUCCAGAAUUGUCUUUUCUCUGGUCGACUUUAUUACAAGCUGCUCUAAGAAUCCAUCUCGGAGGCAUUCUACAAACUCUCUUUCUUGGGGUCCUGAACCAACCUGAUUUUCCCAGCCUACCUGCAUAUUGAAAUCCCCCAUUACCACAGUGGCAUUACCUUUGUUACAUGCCAAUUUUCAACUCCUGCUGCAACUUACACCCUACAUCCGGGCUACUAUUUGGGGGUCUGUCUCUCUCCUCUAUGCUGACUCGUCACUGCUCAUGAUCCUGCCAGCUACCAUGGUGUCGUUGGCGAAUGUAUACAUGGCAAUGGAGUUGCGCUCAGCAAGGCAGUCAUGGUGUAAAGAGAGCAGAUCAGGGGACUGCAUUGAGGUGCACCUGUGUAUUUACACAGCCAUUUGAGUGCGUCACCUUAGACUUACACAAUUCAUUUUUAAUAAAACAAGGAACACCAGAGGUUGUGGAGGGACCUGGUAGAAGAAUAUAAAAUUGUGAGAGCAUAGCUCGGGCCUUUUUCCUCUGGAUGGAAAAUUCAAAUACUGGAGGGCAUAGCUUUAGGUGAGAGGGGCAAAGUUUAAAGGAGAUGUGAGUGGCAAGUCUUUUUUGAAACAGAGGGUUAUGAGUGCCUGGACCACGCUGCUGGGUAUGGUGAUUGAGGCAGAUCCAAUAGUGUUGUUUAAGACACUUUUGGAUAGGCACAUGGAUAUGCAGGGAAUGGAGGGAUAUCGACCAUGGGCAGACAGAUAAAGGUUUAUCUUGGCAUCAAUUUCAGCACAGACAUUAUGGGCUGAAGGGCCUGUUCCUGUGCAGUACGAUUCCACGUUCUGUUAUGCUAACAUAUUGGUGGAACGAGGAGCUCUUCCUGAGUUCCCAAAGUUCUGAACGACAUUCUGUUUGGUGCUGGUGCAGACUUACAGAGAGGAAAGAACUUGCUUUCAGAAGAUAGAUACAAAAUACUGGAGUACCUCCAUAGAAGUAAUGGGUAAUGUUUUGGGUCGAGACCCUUCUUCAGACUGAGGAUCAGGGGAGAGGGAGAUGUGAAAGUGUAAGGUGUGAAAACGAGGGAUCAAAGGGGAUGAAGGUCAAGGAAACUGUUUAGCUCCUGGUUGCUAAACACUUUAACUCCCCCACUCCCAUUCCUACACUGACCUUUCUGUCCUGGACCUCUUCCACUGUCAGUGAGCCUCAAUGCAAAUUGGAGAAACAGCACCUCAUAUUUUGCUUGGGCAGAUUACAGCCCAGCGGUAUGAACAUUGACUUCUCUAACUUCGUAACCCUUGCUUUCCAUCUCUCUCCAUCCCUCCCCCAUCCUAGUUAUCCCACUAGUUUGUCUGUCCUCCUGAUUAAAUGUUACUGAUUAUAUGCCUUGUUGUCACCUUCUCCUCAGCUAACAAUGAUCUAUUCUAUCUUAUCCUUAAUUUAUGUCCUGAUUGAUCUCUGUUUCACACCAAUGGCGGGCUGGCCAAGGUGUCGACUUGCCCGAUGGCAAGUGGGCCUCUGAUCAAGUGAUAGCAAGUGAUGGCAAGUGGGCCCCUGUUAAAUAUCCGCCACUGUUUCACACCUUACCCUUCCUUACCUCUGUCUCCCUCUCCCCAGACUCUCAGUCUGAAGAAAUGUCUCGACCCGAAACGUCACCCAUUCCUUCUAUCCAGAGAUGCUGUCUGUUCCGCUGAUUUACUCCAGCAUUUUAUGUCUAUCUUCAGUGUAAACCACCAUCUGCAGUUCCGUCCUACACAAACUUGUAGAGUAGAAGAUUGAGUAAUGUCACAUUCCUGUCCACCUGAUCCAUCAGCAGGUGAAACAUGGGAAAGACUUUACUUUAGAGAUACAGCGCAGAUUAAAGCCCUUUGGCCUGCCGAGUCCGCAAUGACCAGCGAUUCCCUUCACUAACACUAUCUUACGCACUAGGGACAAUUUGUACAAUUUCAAGCCAAUUGACGUACAAACCUGUACGUCUUUGGAGUGUGGGAGGAAAACGAAGCACCCGGAAAAACCCACGCGGUCAUAUGGAGAACGUACAAAUGGCUCCCAGGAAGAACGUACGGACAGUACCUGUAUGUAGUCAGUAUAAAACCCAGGUCUUUGGCGCUGUAAGGCAGCAACUCCACCGCUGCGCCACUGUGUCUGCCUAAAGAUUAGUGGAAACAAGGAAGUAUUCUCAAAACUAACUAUAAAUUAUUACAAUGGUUUUCCAUCAGACUCUUGAACACUGCUUAACACUAACCACUACCUCAGUAACUGAUCUUCAAGCAACUGUCUAUGGUUGCACUACAACCUUUUGUUUUUGCACUAUUAUGGUUACCUAGUGCAUUGGUUAAUCAUUUAUUGUUGAUAUUAUUAAUUAUUUUAUAUUUACCUGUGUUUUAUUGCAUUGCAAGGCCUAUAAAACUUCAGUAACUAAAAUUGUAUUUUCCAUUGCUGCUACAUGUAACAGGUAAACACUCCUGAUGCUCAUUGACAUGACAGUCAUUUAAGUAUUAGUGUGGUUCUAGUUAUUCAUUUUACCAACAGGUGUCUCACUUUUUUAUCUUUGUGAGGUUUUCUUAAAGUAAAAAUGACCAAGUAUGCUGUUGAUGAAACUAAGUAUGAAUGGUCUUAAAUGUUCUGGGGUCAGUCUAUUGGAGACUGCUACACAUGAAACAUAAAUUGAAUAUUGACCUCCAAAAGAAUGUUUUUAUACUUGUGCUAUUGUUGGCUCAUUUUUCAGUCGGUGCAAUAUGUCUGUGGUUGGAAGACAGUUUUUCAAAAAAUUGUGUUUCAUACGUCAUUAUUCAUAGAAACUAGGUGCAGGAGGAGGCCAUUCGGCCCUUCGAGCCAGCACCGCCAUUCAUUGUGAUCAUGACUGAUCAUCCCCUAUCAAUAACCCAUGCCUGCCUUCUCCCCAUAUCCCUUGACUCCACUAGCCCCUAGAGCUCUAUCUAACUCUCUCUUAAAUCCAUCCAGUGACUUGGCCUCCACUGCCCUCUGUGGCAGGGAAUUCCAUAAAUUCACAACUAUCUGGGUGAAAAAGUUUUUUCUCACCUCAGUCUUAAAUGGCCUCCUCUUUAUUCUAAGUCUUAGGCCCCUGGUUCUGGACUCACCCAACAUUGGAAAUGUUUUUCCUGCAUCUAGCUUGUCCAGUCCAUUUAUAAUUUUAUAUGUUUCUAUAAGAUAUCCCCUCAUCCUUCUAAACUCCAGUGAAUACAAGCCUAGUCUUUUCAAUCUUUCCUCAUAUGACAGUCCCGCCAUCCCAGGGAUCAAUCUCGUGAACCUACACUGCACUGCCUCAAUCACAAUAAUAAAUCGUUUUCACUCAACAUUACGCAAGGUAAAUUAGGUGUUAAAUUCAUACUAUAAAUUGAAAAAUCAGCAAACCACCUUAUAAAUGUCAGCUAUCCCAUUCUCUAGUUGGCUAUUGCAAAGACCCAUUCCACAGUCUGAAAAAGGUUCCCGACCCAAAACGUCAUCUGUCCAUUCCCUCCACAGAUGCAGCCUGACCCGCUGAGUUCCUCCAGUACUUUGUGUUUUGCUGAAGAUUCCAGCAUCUGCAGUCUCUUGUGUCUCCACGGCUGUGAUCCAUAAACUUCUACUCUUAAACUUUGAAUUUAAACUAGUUCAAAAUCUUUAUGCUUAUAUGAAAUUGUAACUAUGUUUGAAUGACAGGUGAAGGCACUGUAUAAAUGCAGAUAUUUCAAGCUCUUGUGUGACGGUUUUGCAAAAAAACAGUUUUUCAUCCAUUAAUAUUAACGUGUGGUUUCCACACAACAUGUUGCAAGAUAAAUGAGAGGUUGAGUUCAUACUGCAGACUGAAGAUCCAGCAAAGGGCUUUCCAAAAGACAUGUACCCCACUAUCUCGUUGAGCAUUGCUGCUGCAGAGAUCCAAUUCCACAGGCAAUUGUAUCCAUCAAGCAGCCCCAGAUGAUGACUUGCUAUCACACAAUGGAGAUGCUGGGUCUUCAGCCACAUUGCUUUUCACUGCUUUUGUAAUAAAAGCUUUUCUUUGUACCUCGGUAAACAUGACAAUAAACUAAACAAAACAUUGA